CUUCUCUCCAUCGCUCCAUCCACCGCUUCUUUGCUCCCCUCCCCGACUUUGGCUGCAUUCGGAUUGCGUGGUGUGCAAUCCCCCGACCAGUCCUCCAGUGAUCGGGCUACUCCGCAUUGGUCGCUCUCCGCCCCGUUCCCAACAGAUACGCCGACGAACCAUAGGACCGGUGGUCGUCUUGCAACCCACGACUGCUUUCCGGGUCCACGAUGCGGUUACAAGCAUCAGUCGGGUUCUCGUUGGCCACAUUUCUGUCGUUCUCCGCAUCGGCCAUCGCGCAGAGCAGCAACUACACCGAUGCCGCUGACCUACAGUCUCCGCUCCUCGCCUCCUUCAUCGACCGUCCCAAGGACUGCCCGCCUUGCUUUAACUGCCAACUAGACGCCUUCCAGUGCAACCAGUUUGCCCCCUGUGACAAGUUUACUGGGAAAUGUGUCUGUCCCCCGGGAUUUGGCGGAGAUGAUUGUUCGCAACCCGUCUGUGGCUCGCUGGCUGACGGCCACGAAAGAGCUCCUCGAAAGGGCAAUGAAUGCUCGUGCGAGGAUGGCUGGGGUGGAAUCAACUGCAACGUCUGUCAAACAGACAAUGCAUGCAAUGCAAUGAUGCCAGAUAGAGAAGGGGGUGUUUGUUACAAGCAAGGCGUCACGGUCAAGGAGAACUUCCAGAUGUGUGACGUUACGAACCGCAAGAUUCUUGAUCAGCUGAAGGAAAGAAAGCCGCAAGUGACCUUCUCUUGUGAGGCAGAGGAUGAGACCUGUAACUUCCAGUUCUGGGUGGGUCAACGGGAGUCAUUCUACUGCGGCCUAGACAAGUGUGAAUGGGGUCUGGAAACCACUCAUAACCAAAACAAAACCCACUACCGAUGCGAGACCAUCCAAUGCAAGUGUAUCCCAGGACGAAUGCUCUGCGGUGAGGAAGGCUCCAUCGACAUUGGAGAUUUCCUUGAGGAGUCGAUUCAGGGUCCGGCUUCCUUCUCGACCGUGUCAACCGAGGGUGGAAGCCCGGAAGAUGGCAGCAAGUUUCAGGAGCCGGCGAUGAAUGAUCUGAUCAAAAGCGUUUUCGGAGAUGAAAGCAUCACUCUGAACUGCGAUGCCGGCGAAUGCUUGUACAAGACCGAUGUGCCGGGAUAUACCCGGCCUGUCAAGCAAAUCAACACUCCGCUGAUUGCCGGCGUCAUCGCAGGAUGCGCGCUCUUUGUCGUUGCGGUCAUCUUGAUCGUGUGGUACUUGUCGCGCCGAUCUUAUCGCGGACGCAUUCAUCUCCCUCUUACCGAUGAGUCGGAUGAUGAAGCUGCCAAACUUCUGGCUGAACACAGACCGGCAGCUCUGUACUGGGACAACGUUUCAUACUUCUUGAACGGGAAGGAAAUUCUCUCCGGUAUUCAGGGUGCCUCGCAGCCGGGCCAGAUCACCGCCAUAAUGGGCGCGUCGGGCGCUGGAAAAACCACGUUUUUGGACAUCCUGGCCCGGAAGAAUAAGCGAGGAGCCGUUCAGGGCAACUUCUACGUGAACGGCGAAAAGCUUAGUGACCACGACUUCAAAGGCAUGAUCGGAUUUGUUGACCAGGAGGAUACUAUGCUUCCCACUCUGACCGUCCACGAGACUAUCCUGACCAGCGCGCUCCUGCGCCUGCCGAGGGACAUGGGCCGAGCAGCCAAAGAGCAGCGGGUAUUUGAGGUCGAAAAACAACUUGGAAUCUUCCACAUUAAAGAUCAGCUCAUCGGUUCUGAAGAGGGUAAAGGUCGUGGUAUCUCCGGUGGCGAGAAGCGUCGGGUUGGUAUUGCUUGCGAGCUGGUCACUAGCCCAAGCAUCUUGUUCCUUGACGAGCCUACCAGCGGACUCGACGCUUUCAACGCUUUCAAUGUGGUCGAGUGUUUGGUGACUUUGGCGAAGACCUACAACCGGACGGUCAUCUUUACUAUCCACCAGCCUCGAUCCAAUAUCGUUGCACUCUUCGACCGCCUUGUUCUUUUAGCGCAAGGCAAAACCGUAUACUCCGGCCCUUUUUCGACAUGCCAGCGAUACUUUGACAACUCCGGAUACUCAUGUCCUCCCGGCUUCAAUAUUGCGGAUUACCUUGUGGACAUGACCAUGCAUGCCAGUGUUACUCGGUCUCAUCACGAGGAAAUCGAGUCACCUCUGCUGGAUGUUCGUACAGACCCGCCCAAGACCGCUUCGAGCAGCCUCAGAGCCGUCAAAUCUGUUGCCAGUGCGUCGAACGCAAGCAUCGAAGACAACUCUAGCAGUACCUUGGAUGCAAGUCGCCGACCGAAGAGUAAGCGACGGGUCUCGCUCAAGCAACGCCAGGACAGACAGCUCUAUUCUCGGAAGAAGGAUAUGGAAGCCCCGCCUACGCCUAAGACGGAUGAAGAGGACGCCCAGAUUGAUGAGGUCGCCGAGAACACUCAGCAGUGGCUGCGCCUUUCGCGUCAGCCUGGCAAUGUCCCCCCGCAAAUCCUCGACGAUCCAGACCACCUGCCGCCGGCGGCUCCCGGCCAAACGGACCUGGACGUUCUCGUUGCCAACUAUUCUUCAUCGGAUGUCGCCCGCUCUGUGCACGACGAGAUUGUCGCCGCGGUCCAGACCGCGCGCGCAGCGAACGGAUCGACCAACUCAGACAUCUUGUCCGACCGCCCUACCGGAGUGCCGAAGAACUACGCCCGUGUCGGUCUGGUUCGACAGUUUCUCAUUCUGUCGCAGAGGACCUGGCGCAACCUGUACCGUAACCCGAUGCUGAUGCUCACGCACUACGCCAUUUCGAUCCUGCUGGCCGUGUUGUGUGGCUACCUCUUCUACGGGUUGACGGACGACAUCAAGGGCUUCCAGAACCGACUGGGUCUCUUUUUCUUCAUUCUGGCGCUGUUCGGAUUCAGUACACUCACCAGCCUGACGGUGUUCUCUACAGAACGCCUUCUGUUUGUGCGGGAGCGAGCCAACGGCUAUUACCAUCCCAUCACGUACUUCGCCUCCAAGGUGGUAUUUGACAUUGUACCCCUGCGAAUCCUUCCCCCCAUCAUCAUGGGCAUUAUCGUAUAUCCUAUGACCGGAUUGAUCCCGGCCUGGCCGGAGUUCUUCCGAUUCCUUCUGGUCCUGGUGCUCUUCAACCUGGCGGCAGCCAACAUCUGCCUCUUCAUCGGCAUUGUCUGCCGCGACGGCGGAGUGGCCAAUUUGAUCGGCAGCUUGGUGAUGUUGUUUAGUUUGUUAUUUGCCGGGCUGUUGCUCAACCACGACGCCAUCCCCAAGUCUGCCUUGUGGCUCCAAACGCUGUCCAUCUUCCACUACGGGUUCGAGGCCCUCAUUGUCAACGAGGUUACGUUCUUGACCCUCAUCGACCACAAGUACGGGCUCGACAUCGAAGUUCCGGGAGCCUCUAUUCUUAGUGCAUUCGGAUUCGACACGCUCGCACUGUGGAAAGAUGUGAUCGGACUGGCGGUCAUCUCGGGGGCGUUUAUUGUCAUCGCCUACGGUGCUAUGCAUGUGUUGCUGGUUGAGAAGCGGUGAUUCGGUUGACAAGUGUAGUGUAUAUACGAUGUCUUUGUGCUAGUAUUGUGUUUUUGUUCCUUUUGUCGCAUGUCAUUCGCACGGGAACAUUCCUAUAGUUCAGGUAGUGCGGAUGUCAAUAAUGGUUGUUUUUGGGAUGCCUCAGGAAUGGGCCGAUGCGGAGAGCAGCACGUGCACCGCGUCAUCAUCUCAUCGUGACG